AUGGCUCAUCGCGAAUAUAUCGAAUCACAUGAUUUGGAUGAGAUUGAGGUUGCUAGCCCUGAAUACACAUAUGGAUACGCCGAGCUAUCACAUCUUGCAUUAGAUCACCCUCAUGCAAUGGUUGACGAAGAAAUUGAUGAUCGGCUCAUUGAAUCAAAUAUUUUUGAUCUUGUUGCAGAUAUUAAUGCUAUUGAUCCAGCGCAACGUGUGGUCACCCAGAGUAUAUUUGAAGCUCGGGACCCUGGUAUGAGGGUUUAUUCGCCGCCAUUGAUAACAGCGCGAAAAGGGCAAAAAGUUACAAAAAACGUGCCUCUUAAAUAUGAUAUUCAGGAGUUUUUGAAGCUUUCGCGCGAGGAGGGUAUCGAUCCAACAACAGAGCCGCGUUAUCGCGAAUGCUCAAAAAUGAGAUCGCUACCUUGGGAACGAAAUUUUCCAAGUUCUUCGCGUAAUUCAAAACCAUUGGGAGAAGAAUCUGACGUUGAUUCUGAUAGAGGAAUAAUAGAAUGCAAGUCUUCACUACAAAUGUCGAGAGAUUCUACGAAUGAUAUUUUAAAUGAUCAAGAGCAUGACGAAGAAGACGAUGAGGAAGAUGAGGAAUUUGCUAAGGAAUCAUUGAAAGAACCCACCAAAUCUUCUAGCGAAGGUGACGAAGGACAUCGAGAAAAUUCAAUGGAAAAAGAUGCGGAAACCCCGGCGGAAAAAAAUGAGAAAACAACCGGAGAAAGUGGUGACGGUUUAGAUGGCGCCAACGGAACUGAUGCGGAUUUAAAUAAAAUUCGCGAAAGUAUUGCUGCAAGACAGGGUGAGCUACCAACAGAAACAAUGAUCUGCAGCAAGUGCAAUGUUUGUUUUCGCACGAAAACCGUGUUCGCAAAACAUGUUUCGCUUCAUUCGGAGCCAUUGGUUCAGCUCAAAGCGCCGCAUGGUCUACGUGCUCAAUUAUUGUGUCCCAUUAUGAAUUGCAAUAUCAAAUGUGAUUGUUUGCCCACAAUAAUUGAGCAUUGUCGAUACCAUCAUUCUGUUGAAAAUCUGCUAUUCGAUUUUAUCGAAUUUUCGGAUAUGGCGCAGUUUCGAAAAUGGCGCGAGGAGAUGGAACUUUUGACGGUGUCAAAAUUCAGACGAAGCUCUGGAAAACAGAACACAUUUGGAAAAUCGAUAUAUUUCAAUUGUCAUCAUUCUGGACCAACUCAGCAGGGAAAGGACAAUCGGAAUUUAAGACAGCGAGCAAGCAAAAAACUGGGACGGACUUGCACCGCCUUUUUCCAUCUUCGGGAAACGGCGGACGGAAAAGUUGCACUUCGUGGCUGUUUGCGGCAUUUGGGUCAUGAGCAGAAUGUGCGAUGUAUUCCACUACCGGAGAACACAAAAACGGAAAUUGCGCGAAUGAUACUACAAGGCAUGCACGAACGCGAUAUAGUUGAUGUUUUGCGAGAACGAAGCACUAUAUAUGAGAGACAACAUUACGUUCAACCAUAUGAAGUACGAAAUGUUCACGCGAAGCUUUCGAAGAACAAUUAUACACUUCCAAUGCCAAUUAAAUCACCUACUGGUUCAAGAUAUUUGAGUUUGGAUAAUCAGCCGUUGCGAAACAUUUAUCCUCGAGGAUAUCGAAAGAAUGACAUCGAUCCGGGUCGUUUGCUCACCAGUUACGAUUACUCAAACAAUUUUGCUCGAGAUGUUUCAUCAUCUCCUGAACCUGAGCGUGUUCGUAACAAAUCGCAAAUUAUGGAACAACUUGACACUGAUCCGAGAGAUCAAGAAUCUUCAGACGAGCCGGAAAUCAUUGAAGUUGAUGAUAGUCCAGAUGAGGAGGAGAUGCAAACAAUUAGAAGGAAGCUCAAUGCAGAAAAUCGAGAAGCUGAUGACAAAUUAAAGGCGGCUCCGUUUGAGACACCGAGUAAAGCACGCGAUAUUUCCACCGCAAUUAAUGAGAUGGAAGGUGAUGCGUCGGAAGAACAACCAAAAGCGAUUUCACAAGAAACAGCUCGACGAGUUGCUCCGGGUCGGCCAAGGAAAACAGUACCAAGAAAGAGGAAUGCCUUCCCUAGUUUGCAUAAAUCGACUAUCGAGAAUUCACUAAUGCCACCUGCGCCACCAACUACACCGGUUAACUCCGCACCAACCACUCCACCACCUUCUCCAAAAACGUCACUUGCUUCAGCAGCUCUGGCAGUUACGGCGACAACGGUCGAUGCUGGCGAAUCGCCGGCGCAGCCUUCAUCGCCCUCUACUUCAAAAGCAACAACACCAAAGCGAAGAGCGAAAAGGCCAAUGAUACGCAUAAAACUUGAUACAAUGCCGACAACAAAAAUGCGAAAUAAAAUAUUGUCGCCACCGAGUGGAAGCGGUGUGACGAUCCAGUCAGUUAGGCAAACUCGACGAUUAACCCAACUUCAAGCGUCACUUCAGAAGAACGAACGUAAUCGCACUACUCGAAUAAAUGAAGGUGCUAGUACUAGUAAGAAAAACUAA